GUGCCAUCAUGCUAUCAGUUGUCUGCACGUGUGCAUGUGCGUCUGUGAGUGUGUGUGUCAGUCACAGUUCAUGUAGAUCAACUGUUCAGCAUUUUGUUCAAUGUAUUCUUCAAGGAUGUUUCCAUUCCUCCUGGUAUGCAUGCUGGGGUCAUGCUACUGUGGAAAGGGAGGCGGUCUGCCAUUACUAGGGCGUCCGGAGAUGUCUGGCCCUUCAGAGGCUAUGGCGAAUGAGGUUGUUGACUUUAAUUGUCUUCUGUCCAUCUACCCAAAGAAUGAAACCAUCCUGCUGGAGUUAUUCAAGGAGGGAGACCGUGACAAGUUGCUGGGGUUCUACAGUUCCCUCAAAGGAGAGACUGCGACCUUCCCCAUCGUAAUCACAACUCUUCAUGAGGGCAACCUGGAGUGUGUGGCCAGAGCACAGAACAAUCCUCACUUGGAGCCCACUGUCAGCUUUCCACACUACCUGAAGGUUAUCGAACCAGUUGCAGGUGCAAAGGUCAUCACACAAUCAGGUCAAGAUGAGGUCUUCGAGGGAAGCACACUGAAGCUGAGAUGUAAACUUACAGCUGGAAAUCACGUCUCCUACAAGUGGCUAGAAAAUGGUCAGCCGGUCUCACAGUCUCCACGCCACUGUGUUGUAGAUGACCUGCUCUUUAUCAACAGAACCUCCAGUGCAGACAGCGGCUCCUACAUGUGCAUGGCUACAAACCACUACAAGACGACAAGAGUCUUCACAUCCAACAGUUCUGAAGUGGUAAUCACAGUCAAAGAUGUGGUGUCAAACCCUGAAAUUUCCUUCAGUGUGCUGAAAAAGGAUCCCCACAACUAUUUUGCUGUGGUCACCUGCCAGUCAACCAGAGGUACGCCACCUGUCACCUUUUCCCUCUACAACAGGACAGAACUGGCUUUCAGUAUGACAGUCGACGAGAGGAAAGCCACGUUUAAGAUCCCCCUGGUUUUGGAGCGACACUUAGGAUGGCUCCAGUGCCAGGCCUGCAACGGUGAUCAGGUUGCGUACAGUAGCCAGUUGCCCUUACAAGUCGUGAGUGUGGCUGGGCCAGUGAUGAUGAAGUACGACUACGACAUUGGAGACAACUAUGUUGUCAUCGGCCUGAGGUUCUACUGCAAGGCGACGAAAGGAUCUCAUCCACGGUACAAAUGGUUCCUCAACCAAACGCUUCUCCAAGACCGGGGAAGCUUCUACUACACGGUCCAUCAGCCUCCAGAACAGUCCAUCCUCCUGCUGUCUGUAGGGAGGAGCAGUGCCGGGACGUACCAUUGUGAAGUGUCAGACAUUUUUGACAACAGCACUGCCAUCAGCAGCAACAAGCAGUAUUUCGACAAAGAUGUGCUGAAUCGUUUCCCUGUCUCUGUGGUGGCUGUUGUCUUUGGAUGUUUCACUUUUCUGAUUCUCCUUGUCGCCGCUUGUUGUUGGACUGGAGUGUUGUACAGAAGAAGGUUGAAUGGAGAGAAGUCCUCAAAAACAAACACUAACUCCAUGUGGUCCAAGAGAUGGAGACAUUCCAAGCACAUGAGGACGAGCCGGUUUGUAAGAUUUCUACAUCUUUGUCAUUGUAAAUGCCCGAUUCUUCACGAAGAAGCUACCCCACGUGUCAUUGUAUUUUUAAAAUCUACAAGAGAAUAGAAAAUAACGUCAUUGCCACUGCACUAAUUGUACAAUGAAAUUAAGGCGCAACCCUUGCAGCAUGAAAAAGAGCAAUACCACAAGAUAAAAUAAGAUAAAUAUGUAGGUAAAAAAGGCACAUGCAACACUUUCAAACCUAUUGCACUUUUAAUAUGUGCAAAUAUGAUAUGCAAAUAUGAUGGCACAUGACAUGUAAACAUGGUAUAGCAUGAUCUAUCAUCAUAUUUGCACCACUCCAUAUCGUGUUCACAUGUCAUGUGUUAUCAUAUUUGCACAUAUGAACAUGAUAUGGAGUAGUGCAAAUAUGAGAAUCAGUCCCU